AUGGCCGAGAAAUCACAAUUGCAGCAUGCUGCUGCAUCUCGUGUGCCUCUCAUCAAAUCACCUAGUCUGAGGGUUCCAAGAGCGGUGGAGCGUCCACCGGACAUUCAUCCUCUGCCCGACGAUGUCUCUGCAUACUUUGUAUAUCCUUUCACACUUGAACCGCACGUAAUCCGCCUCGAAGACUCGCGCAGAUCUACCCUUGCCGCUCACGCAGCUCGACGCGAGGCGUACCUCAAGUCGCGUGCGGAAGAGAAAGAGCGACGGAAGCGCGAAGCUCUUCGUCGGAUAGCCCCUGGAUUUGAGCCUCAGGGCACACUGCUGGUCCCUACGAAGCGACAGUCGAUAGGUCCCGGAUCGUCACCCGCUCCCCCGGAUUCGCAGAGCGGCGGUACAGGGCAUACACACACGAAGUCGGUCAUGGAGGAUCUUGUAGACCAGCUCGCUGCGCUGGAUGCAGAGCAUGAGCGAAUCUGA